CAGAAACGCCAGCAAAAUAAGUGUGUUCUUAAACACGAAUCUGACAUGGAUUGUGAAAGUGGAGCUGAUACUUCGACCAGAAAAAGAAAACUCUGCAGACUGGUUGUUUUGAGCUUUGCACUUCUGUGUAUUCUUCAAGCUACACUCAACAUUUCACUGCGACUGGCUUUUUACAGUUCUGAUACAACAACAACACCAGAUUGUGAGGCCAUUAUUAAAAACUUGACUAAACAACAAGACAUGAGAAUGAAUGAAUUAGCUCGGUAUAUCCAACAAGGAUGGAUAUACUUCAACCACAGUUUAUAUUACGUUUCAUCUACUAAAAACACCUGGAAUGACAGCAGAGAGGACUGUCUGCAGAGAGGGGCAGACCUGGUGAUUAUCAACAGCAGAGAGGAACAGAACUUCAUAAGAGAGUUUAAAAAACGGACAUGGAUUGGACUGACUGACGCCGAAAAAGAACAGACAUGGAAAUGGGUGGAUGGGACUACACCUACCAUCAGCUUCUGGGACACUGACGAGCCCAACAGUUAUGAAGGAACUGAUGAAGAUUGUGGAGAAAUCUUUUUCUAUACAAGAGAAAACUCCUGGAAUGAUCAACCGUGUGACAGUAAAAAUGUCUGGAUUUGUGAAAAAAAAAUGUAGAGAUAAUUAAACCACCGGAAAAUAAUAAGAUGUAAAAUCAUGACAAAUAAAUGUAUUCAUAUAAUAUUACCAUUCGUUUCAGGUAGUCAGCUGAUUUUAAGUGAAAGCAGAGAGGCAGAAGAAAAGACAACCAACAUAAUACUUUGUUUAUAAAGUUGGUGUGCAGGCUGUUGUCUGUAUAUCAUACAUAGAAAAAUAUUUAAAUACUGUUCAAAUUAUGUGAUUAUCUUCAUUUUUAUACAUAUAAAAUAAACCUCUGUCCCAGUGUGUUCUGCCAUAAGUGGUACAAAAACUUUUCCUACAUGUGUUGGCAGCUCUGAUCUACUUUGAGCAAACAUAAUCGUGUGUGUUUGCAAAUAAUAUCAAAAAUAUUUUGUUCAUUACAUUAUAACUGCAAAGACUGUUUCUCAGAUUAUGUGUGACAACAUGAGCCUGGUUUGACUUACUGGAAAACAAGUGAAUGACUUCAAUAUUUUGGAAACUAAAUGAGGAAAACAUGCAAUUACCCAUGUGGAAGUUACCAUUUGUUUAAGGGUGCCAGAAAAAACACAAAUAAUUUGUAGAUAGAAUGAUGUGAGGUUGCCUGACUGUUCUGACUUGUAUUUAGUGUCAUUUUGUUAUGA